AUGGUUCUCAAUCUCGUAAAACUCAUUCCUCGACUUAUCUUGUUAGACCUAUGGAUCAGUACCAACAACUUCACUCCAGAACACUUAGAGGAGCUACUUGAGAGGCCUAUACCUAGAUUAACUUAUCUUUCGUUAAGUUAUUUGAUUAAGUACUCUCCUUCGGCAGUGUUCAGAAGUCAAUUACUACCAACUUUGAAGGGUGCAUAUUUUGAUUCAACCCUCAUUGCAAUUUCUCGGUGGCCGCCCUCAGCCCUCGCUACCAUCUCUAUCGUUCAGGAUCCAGUCCCUCAGGAGGAACAGUCAAGGCCAGCUUUUGCUCAGCUUAUUGUCUUUUUUCGACUGCAGCCAUCUGUGUCCAUCCUCAUCCACUCGAAGUCAUUGUCCUCGUCCCUAACGUCUGUUCGUCUCCGUGUCCCUUCACGGCCAGUAGCAAGCGCUUUCUGUUUGUCGGCGUCAGCAGCCCUUACACUCGAUACUCAUACACUGAGUAUUUCCGAGCUGAUAUUCAUUGACCUGUGCACAUCCCCCGUACUCAACUCAGAAAUCGACACCUUCUCCGUGCGUUUCAAGACAUUGAUCGAGAACCUACAGCAUGUCCGCAGCCCUCACUGUGUCCUACUUCUGCAUCACCAGCAAGGCAGCAAACGGGAGCCCGGUUUAUGUCUCUUCCAUCAACCAUUUCCACAGGCAUGUCAAAUGCAGCUUGGUCGUCCUGGUUGA